GAGCCUCGGCCAUUUCUACCGUCUAGAGAAAGUUCACAAGAAGAACGUUCAACUGUACGAAACGUCGUCUGACCGUCGUCCGCCAGCACCAUGAAGUUCAGUCACAGCCUCCAGUUCAACGCCGUCCCGGACUGGGCCGAUUACUACAUCAACUACUCAAACCUCAAGAAACUCAUCUACCAGAUCGAGAAAGACACCGUUCUGCCAUCCAACACCAGACCCGCCACCGCUGAUGAGGAAUCCACCCUCAUUGAUUCGUCCUCACGGGCUGAUAACGACUUUCGUCGAGCAUGUGACAAGGAACUCACCAAAAUCAUCAAGUUUUACGAAGCAAAGGAGAGAGAGUUGUAUGAGGAGUUUCAGCACCUCUUGACGGAUGUCGGCAUGUUUGAAGACGAGAUGGAGGACAUGUUGGCUUCGAUUACGAGUGAGUCCAACGACCGACGUACUGGGUCCUCCCGACCGAGGAGGAUGAGUUCUUCCUAUAAUGCCGGCAAGAGAAAAUCGUUUAGUGCACGCGCUCGCUCGAACUCGAACAUGAACGACGAUGACGACUCUGGUGAGGAUUCGGAUGGUGGAGCGCCUAGGUCUCCGCUUCUACCAACCACCCGUCGUCGAAUGUCACAGUCUGGUACCGAGGACGAGUUACGUGCGUCCCAGAUGUGGGAUGACGAGACCUACGCCGACUCAGCCUUGAACGACACCCGUAUCACCCUCAAGAAGCGUAUCAUCCAAUCCUACGUCUCACUCAGCGAACUCCGCUCUUACAUCCAGCUUAACAGCACCGGUUUCUCGAAGGGGUUAAAAAAGUACGACAAGACUUGUGGAAGGAACCUGCGUACGCCGUACCUGGAGCAGACUUUGGCGAAUGCGUAUCCGUUCAAGACCGAGACUCGCAAGGAACUUGACAACAAGAUUGGGGAGAUUGAGUCGGCUUAUGCGAGACUUCUUACUGAGGGGAAUAUUGCGGUUGCAAGGAAGGAUUUAAAGACGCAUUUGAGGGAGCAUGUUGUGUGGGAGAGGAACACUGUAUGGAGAGAUAUGAUCUCUAUCGAGAGAAGGGCCGAAGCGGCUACCGUGGCCCGUGGGCAACGUGGUCUGUUGGGUGGUGGUGCCGCGACACCCCCAGAGCAGAAAGAGAUGAACAUCCCGCAGACGUUCUGGGGCAGACUCAGGAGACGUCUCAACGGGCAGCUCCUGACACUGCUGGUCAUCAUCAGCAUCUUCGUCGCCCUUAUAUACGCCCCGACUUUCGAGGCCGUGGAGCAGAGAAAUUGUAUGGCGAUGUUGGUGUUUGUGUCGUUGCUUUGGGCGACCGAGGUCAUACCUCUCUUCGUUACCUCACUCCUCGUUCCCUUCCUCGUCGUUCUGUUGCGUAUCUGCCGUACGGACGACGAGCACCAUAAGCGCAUGGCCGCUCCUGAUGUUACCAAGUACAUCUUCGGAGCCAUGUGGACUCCGGUUAUCAUGCUCCUUCUCGGUGGAUUCGUCAUUGCUGGUGCGAUGAGCAAGUACAAUAUCGCGAAGCUCAUGGCUACGACUGUUCUCUCGAGGGUUGGCACGAAGCCCAGGAAUGUCUUGUUGGCGAACAUGUUUGUCGCGAUGAUUGCAUCGAUGUGGAUUUCUAACGUUGCCGCGCCCGUCCUUUGUUACUCCAUCAUUGCCCCUGUCCUACGCACUCUUCCCGCCGAGUCGAAUUUUGCGAAGUGUCUUAUCCUCGGAAUCGCUUUGGCCAGUAACGUUGGUGGCAUGGCUUCCCCGAUUGCUAGCCCGCAGAACAUCGUUGCUUUGCAGAACAUGCAGCCUACGCCUAGCUGGGCUGAGUGGUUCUUCGUGAGUCUGCCGGUCAGUGUCGUGAGCAUCCUUUUGAUCUGGGGGUGGUUGUUGUUUAUGUACGCACCGGGCAAGGAGACUACGAUCGCCCCCAUUCGUUCUUCGAAGGAUAAGUUUACGGGUACGCAGUAUUUUAUCUCUCUUGUUACCUUCUUGACAAUUGGGUUGUGGUGUAUUGAGAGGAACUAUGAGGGUAUCUUUGGUGAUAUGGGUGUUAUUGCCAUUAUUCCGAUUGUUCUCUUCUUCGGAACGGGUAUCUUGACCAAGGAAGACUUCAACAACUUGCUCUGGACUGUUGUUAUUCUUGCCAUGGGCGGUAUUGCGCUCGGCAAAUCUGUGAACUCUAGUGGGUUGUUGCAGACUAUCGCCCAUGCUAUCCGUGAUGUGGUUGAGGGAAUGAGUAUGUGGAUGGUCAUGUUCACGUUCGCCUGUCUCGUCUUGGUCAUGGCAACGUUCGUGUCGCACACCGUCGCUGCGCUCAUUAUCCUUCCCAUCGUUGCGGAGGUAGGCACCGCCAUGGAGAACCCUCACCCUAGACUCCUUGUCAUGACCGCUGCAUUGCUCUGCUCCGCAGCUAUGGGUCUUCCUACGAGUGGAUUCCCCAACAUGGUUGCCAUCUCUCAGGAGAACGAGUUGGGCGUGAGGUACUUGUCAGUGAAGGACUUCAUCAAGACUGGUAUCCCUGCGAGUUUCCUUGCUUUUGGUGUUGUGAUAUCGUUGGGGUACUUUUUGUCGUCUAUCGUUGGGUUCUAGGUGGGGUUGAGUGUUGCACAUCUUUUUUUCGGAGAUGUGGUAUUAUUGCAUAACGUAACUUUAUUCAAUAUGAUAUUAUAGAUCGACGGUACCGGUACUGAGAGUAUCAGCUGAAUUGCCGCG